CAGAGAUUCUGCCAAGUAUUUCCUUGUACAGUGUGGCGUUUGGAAGAUAUCGGCCUGGCAGCUCUCAAAGCCUGAUGAGGUCUGUGGUUGUCAAUUCACCCUUGAAAGUCUGUUUGCUGGGACUGCUUGGUGGAUGUGAAUGCGAGGGAUUCACAGUAGCUUCAUAAAAAGGGAUUUUGUCCGGACAAGGAGUCUGCUUUGUGAUUUUGGGAAGCCUCGGUCAGAAGAAGUAGAAAAAUGAAAGAAGAGCGUGUUUGUUUUUAAUGCUGAUCUCUGUCAUACGUUGAAACACCACACGCACACACUUCUUUUUUCUCUCUCUUUAACAGCUGUGUGCACCUCCACAGCCAGCAGCACAUCUUGGUCAUGUGCGCAGUGGCCUUCUACUUAAUCGAAAACUACCCUGCUGACGUCGGACCCGAAUUCUCUUCUGGAAUUAUUCAGAUGUGCGGAGUGAUGCUAUCCGAAAACGAGGGAUCCACUCCCUCGGUGAUCUACCACUGUGUGCUCAGAGGUCUGGAAAGGCUCCUGCUCUCGGAGCAGCUCUCCCAGCCGGACUGCGAAGCGCUGGUGAAGCUGAGCGUGGACCGCGUCAAUGUCCUUAGCCCGCAUAGAGCCAUGGCCGCCUUGGGACUCAUGCUGAGCUGCAUGUACACAGGAAAAGAGAAAGUCAGUCCUGGACGAAGCGCAGAUCCUCACUCGGCAGCUCCGGACAGUGAAUCGGUCAUCGUGGCGAUGGAGCGAGUAUCUGUCCUCUUUGACCGUCUCCCGCACAUUAUCAGCCGAAUGGGAAAAUCGGAACAAGUUGACUUCAAUUUGUUCUGCCUGGUGGCCAUCGAUUUUUACCGGCAUCAGAUCGACGAAGAACUGGAUCGCCGAGCUUUCCAGUCCAUCUUCGAGGUGGUCUCUUCCCCGGGAAAUCCGUACCACCAUCUGCUGACCUGCUUACAAAGCGUUCACAAGAUCACCCCGUGUUGAGAAAAGAGGGCAGAGGAAGGACGGAACGGCACAGGCAGAAAGCCGGACCUUCGCGUCUCACGCCACAGAAGUCGCUCGCGAACCCUCGGCCUCGUUUUAUUAAAUUUACCCCCCUACCCAAACGACUCCGUAGGGAGUGGUUGGCUGGGCCAUGCGACAGAAAACCUGGGAUUUGUUUGGGAAAGAGGGUUGGGGGAGAAAAAAGAGAGCUAGUAAGAUAUGAACAAAAUACGGAUGAAAAACAAAUUGCUCAUCUCAGCUUAAAUUUAUAUAUUGUUAAUGCUGAACCUUGUGAAUUUUGCAGUAUCGGCUCACGGGCAUUUAAGAAGUUUCAUCUAGCUGCAAGUGUUUCGUUGCAAUUUGUAGUUUUUUUCCUAAUGUGACAGAGAGAAAAGGGAAAAAUAUUUUUAAACACACUGAAAAUUCAUAUAUAUAUGAAUCUG